AUGUCUCACCAUCAAUCAUCCAACGUGGUGGGCGUCCACUACCGAGUGGGCAAGAAGAUCGGAGAAGGAUCAUUCGGCGUCAUCUUCGAAGGAGCCAACCUGCUUAAUACUCAGCAGGUGGCCAUCAAGUUCGAGCCCCGAAAGUCCGAAGCCCCCCAGCUCCGAGACGAGUACAGAACAUACAAGCAUCUGGCCGGCUGUGUAGGCAUCCCCAACGUCUACUACUUUGGCCAAGAGGGCCUGCACAACAUCCUGGUCAUCGAUCUGCUAGGCCCGUCACUCGAGGAUCUGUUUGACUGGUGUGGCCGACGAUUCUCCAUCAAGACCGUCGUCAUGGUUGCCAAGCAGAUGCUGUCACGAGUACAGACCAUCCACGAAAACCAUCUCAUCUACCGAGACAUCAAGCCUGACAACUUCCUGAUCGGCCGAGAGGGCACCAAGACAGCCUCUCUCAUCUACGUGGUUGACUUUGGAAUGGCCAAGCAGUACCGGGACCCCAAGACCAAACAGCACAUUCCCUACCGGGAACGAAAGUCGCUGAGCGGAACAGCACGAUACAUGUCCAUCAAUACGCAUCUGGGACGAGAGCAGUCGCGACGAGACGAUCUCGAAGCCCUCGGACACGUCUUCAUGUACUUUUUGCGGGGCGGUCUGCCUUGGCAGGGUCUCAAGGCUGCCACCAACAAGCAAAAGUACGAAAAGAUUGGCGAAAAGAAACAGACGACACACAUCAAGGAUCUGUGUGACGGCUUCCCCGAGCAGUUUGAGCAGUACCUAUCGUACGUCCGUGGCCUGGGCUUCGAGGAGACCCCUGACUACGACUACCUGCGGGCCCUGUUCACUCAGGCUCUCAAGUCGACCGGCGAGACCGAAGACGGAGUCUACGACUGGAUGAAGCUCAACGGCGGCAAGGGCUGGGAUUCGGGCAACAGAAAGCCCAAUCUGCAUGGCUAUGGCCACGCCUACCCGCCAGACCGGUCCGGCAACGCUAACUCGCGACAAGCCCACAUUUCGUCUGCGCGACUUAAUGCCACCCCUCCUCCCCUGCCCGAGCCCGCUGCUGUCGCCCGCCAGAACUCCAAGGGUCGACAUGGCGCCCGUAACCCUCAGGCCCGACUGUCCAAGAAUGCCCAGACUCCCGGCUACUACCAGCAGUCACCAAGCCAGAGUCACGGCGUGCAAGGUGGUGCUGGCGCUGGCACUGGAGCCAUGAGCUCGCAGCAGAAGCAGUCCAGCGUGCACCAGCAGCUGUCACAAUCUAACCAGGCUAACUAUAACCAGGCCACGGACCCGGCCAACGCCGAAUACGAGGCCCCCAAGAAGGGCUUCUGGGCCAAGAUCUCCGGCUUUUGCUGCGCUUAG